AUGGCGCCUCGACGACGACUACAACAGAAGCAGGGCAGAGGAUCAAGCAAUGAAGUGGACGUUCCAGUUUCGGAAGCAUCGGCAAGUGGUCGAGCAGCUAACAAACGUGUGAAGAGCCAGCAGAAAUCAGAUGUCAAGAAGAAAACUCAACCGCAACAACAAGGAGGUGAGGUAACGAAAUCGUCCAAACAGCGACAAUGUAAACCAAUAGCAUCUGAGGAAGACGUCAACACUGUUAACAAUUUGGAGAACAACGCUGAAAGUGAAACUGUCGAACUGAAAGCAGCAAUGAAACCGAAUAAAAAAUCCAAAACAGUCAGGUUCGAUGUGGAGCAUUCGGAAACGGAUGACGAAACAAGUGUUUUGAAUCAACAACCUGUAAAAGCAACUGCACUACAAGCAAAGAGUAAAUCGAAUCAAGCGGUCAAGAAGAACACCAAAACUAAAUCGACAACUACCAAGAGAAAGGCGUCGAAUUCAACAACGAAAGUAGAGCAGGAAGCCCCAGAGACGGCAAAGGUUGAAACGGAUACUAAAGAAGAGCCAGUCAAGAAAAACACCGGAGCAAAAGUGGCACGCACCACCAAAAAGAGAGCAGUCACAAAGGCAAAUUCGAUUAUAGAACAGGAAGAAGUGAUUUCGAACAACGAACAAGAAUCUGAUGGUAAGGUUGAAGAGGUCAAGAAAAGUGCCAAAACAAGAGGAAGAAGAACCAGGAAGAAUACAUCAGCAACAACGAAUUCGGUUGUGAAGGAGGGAAUCAAGAAAAAUGCAAGGAAUCAAGAAAAGGUGUCAGAAUCCGGUGAUGAGAUCAAGCAAAGUAGAAAAAAUGCGAGAGUUAAGGCGGCAAAAACUGAACCAACCGUACCAGAACUGAUUACGAACAACAAAGGAAAACGAGCAAAAAUGCAAACAGAUGUGUCGGAAGUUGUUGAGAAGACGAAGCAACAGUCGAAGAGUACCAAAAAAACCACGGCAAAAGGCCGGGCAAAUGCCAAAAAGAAGACACCAGAAGUAGACGUGAGGGCGAUGGAAGUCGAAGAAAGCACAGCAGCAUUGGCAUCUGGAGCAGAGGAUAAGGCAGAUUCGGUUGAAGAAAGUACGAAAGCUGAGCUAGCAAUCACCAAGAAGACGACUAGGCCGAAAAGAGCGGUGAAGCCGAAAGAAUCGAAAGCUGACAAGGUUGAUCCGAAAGGGAAAGUAACGAAACGACAACAUCAGCAACAAAAGUCCGCUAAGCAAGCCAGACAGACUUUAGCGAAAGCGUUAAGUGUUGAAAAGGAUAAUUUAAUGCAGCAAGCACAGUCAAAAGUUGAGAAGAAGACAAUGAAUAAAAAGACACGGCAAAAUUUGGUGCAGAAAGAUGCGGACGAACGAUCCGAUGGAAAUGAUUCAAGCGAAAAAACGGUGGAAACUGAAACGAUGAAAAAAGGAAAGAGAACGAUAAAACGUGCAAAAGUGAUCGUACCAAAUACCGACAUCAAUGUGGAAGAUACUUCAUCUGUUCCCCGAUCGAAACGUUUGAAUCUAUUGGGUGAUUGCAAGAGUGUUGACCAACAGAUAGAAAUGCAGGUAACGGAUUCUGGUGAAGAUAAGAAGGAAGAGAGGCAAAUUGAGGACAGUACAAUCAAUGUAACAAUCAACGAUAUAACUCCUGAUGAUGGGCGUUUGCAGCAAUUAUCAAAGGAAAGAGAGUUGACGCCAUCGGAGCUGUGUUCGUCAAAGAUCGAUGAAAGCUGUAAAGAAAUACUUAGCGAAGAGCCACUUGAGUUACACCCCAUUGUGCCAGAAUCAUCAAAUUAUCUAGCAGAAUCCGCCAAAAUCAGUGCAGAACAAGGCGACGGCUCACUAAAUUCACAUUUCGAUGUAGGACAGCCAUCUCCGAAACGUCCAUCAGUGGCCGAAAGUUGUGACAAAGAAAGCGAAGAGUCACUUGAUCUGCAUCUCGACAUUCUGGAAUCUCCAAAACGUGGAUCAGAUGUGCUCGAAAGUUGCGGAAAACAACGCAAAGAAUCGCUUGAUUCGCAUCUCGAUGACAGUUACGAAAGCAGUCAUCACGACCAUAUGGACGUAUCACAGCACACACCAUCAGGAGCACAGCCAUCAAACGAUACCGAAAUGGGUGGGCAAAAUUCGCAUGCCGAACACGAAGUGCCAGUUGAUCAAGAACCAACGAUUGUUGAUGAGACCAAUCCUCCUAGCGCUAUUGCAGCUGUUGAUGUCAGCGAUACUAAUCGAGCGAAGGUGUCACCGAAUUGUUCGGCAAACUCUUUUGCAAACAGUGUCACAGAUGAAAAGGAAAUGACUGAUGAAGGCGUUCAUGAAGGAUGUGAAUAUAAUAACGAGAAAAUUCUCUUGCCGAUGGAUGGAGGAGAUGCGGAAGUGUUUGAAGAAUGUUGUGACGUAAUGACACUGCCAUCGAAUCACUCAUCGUUGCUUGUGAGUCGACCGUCAGCAAACGUCGACAAUACUGGAGCCGUAGGUGAUGUAUUGGAGUCGGUGAUAAAUAAACUUGAAAUGCCAGUGACGGAUGUUUCAACAGUAAAUGAAAACCAACACAUUUCGCAAAAUUUGGAUGGCAUAAAGGGUGAUGCAGUUGAUGAUUUGAUAGCGGAACAAAAGCAUCAGUUGAUGGAUGAGUUGCAAUUUGAUGAUGAGAAUGCGAUCCAACAAGAUGAUGAAAGCGCUAUCCAACAAGAUACCAAACAGAUGACAAAAGAUAAUCCAGAUGAUUUUGUUCGUUGCGAAAAUGAGCAAGAAAUUCAAAAGCCAGCAACGGAUUUGCAAACAAAUAAAAAUUCAAAUUCAGCGAAAAAGCGCUCCGCAAUUCCAUCAUCCGUUUCAGUUCGAUCACGUUUUGAGUUGCAACACAAAAAGUUCUGGGAGAAAGCGCCUACAAUUCAAGAACACGUGGAUCGUAUUAAACAACUUCAUUCAAAACAUCAAUCAGAAAUCCCGAAUACAUUCCGGAGAUUGGCUCAAAGUAAAGCAUCAAACUCAGGGUCUAGUGGCAUACCCCGCAGAUGUACUUCUGAAUCUCGUUCGUCAGUUUCUGCUCUAAAAACAUUGGCUAAGUCCUCAAUCGAUCGAAAUACCGCCAGUCAAAAAGCAGCAGCAGCUACGUCGGCGGUGAAGUCAGCCGCUGGUGGUGGUGCUCUAUCGACGAGUGCAGCUGGGCAUCAACUCAGUCGUUUGCCAUGCCCUCAGUUGAAUGUGAAAUCAUUAACAAGGCAGCGUGCUAAAGAGGAACGAUUAAUGAAUCGUUCCGUUCAACGGCCUAGUCCACUAUCGCGAAGUGAACCAAGAUUGUCGAAAAGACUCGAACGACUCGCCACUCCGAAAAAACUGGCUAGACCAAGUACUUCAGCAAGAAGACAAGGUGAACAAGACAAAAUAGCGUCGACAAGUGGUGGAAUGCAUCGAGGAUUGCAGUCGUAUGUGGAUACAACUGCAAUGAAUGAUAAGCAAUACGCUGAUGCGAUGAAAAGGGGUAUGAUCAAACCGUUGAACACCUCUUUUUCAUUACGGUGA